ACCGGGAGAGAGCGGACGAAUCGGGCUCGAGCACCGACAGCGUCUCCCCGCUCUCCGCGCGCGCGCAGCCGGAAAACGUGCGAGCGUUCCAGGGCGAGACGACCGUGGAGGAGCGGGGCUCGGCUGCAGAUCCAGGGAGAGGAACCCGUUUGCUUUCUACUGCGUCUGCAGGACCAUGGAGGUGAAAGUCGAUCAGCAGGACGAAGACAUCUCCUUCAGCACCACGGACACUAAUGGUAAGCGCCCGGCGGAGGACAUGGACGAGGAGCAGGCUUUCAAACGUUCACGCAACGCCGACGAGAUGGUGGAGCUGCGAGUGCUGCUGCAGAGCAAAAACGCCGGCGCCGUUAUUGGAAAAGGUGGCAAAAACAUAAAAGCUCUCCGCACAGACUACAAUGCCAGUGUAUCAGUCCCAGACAGCAGUGGCCCAGAGCGGAUCCUGAGCGUGAACGCCAGCAUCGACACCAUCGGAGACAUUCUGCUGAAGAUCAUCCCCACUCUGGAGGAGUACCAGCACUACAGCGGGAUCGAUUUCGACUGUGAGCUCCGCCUGUUGAUCCACCAGAGCCUGGCUGGAGGCAUCAUCGGAGUGAAAGGUGCCAAGAUAAAGGAGCUGAGAGAGAACACUCAGACCACCAUCAAGCUGUUCCAGGAGUGCUGCCCUCACUCCACGGACCGGGUGGUGCUGGUGGGGGGGAAGCCGGAGCGCGUCAUCGAGUGUAUCAAGGUGAUCCUGGAGCUGGUGUCAGAGGCUCCAAUAAAAGGCCGCGCUCAGCCGUACGACCCCAACUUCUACGACGAGACGUACGACUACGGCGGCUUCACCAUGCUGUUCGAGGAGCGGGGCCGGCGGCCCAUCGGCGGCUUCCCCAUCCGGGUGCGGGGCGGCUUCGAGCGCCUGCCCCCCGUCCGGGGCAGCAGACCCCCGCCCCCCUCCAGGAGGGACUACGACGACAUCAGCCCCCGGCGGGGUCCGCCGCCGCCGCUGAGCAGAGGAGGGCGGGUCGGGAGCCGGGCCAGGAACCUGCCUCUGCCGCCGCCGCCGCCGCCAAGAGGAGGAGGAGACCGGUUUUCCCACGGCAGCUACCACAGCAGCCUGGACGACAGGCCGAGUGACCGGAGAGGCCGAGGAGACCGCUACGACAGCAUGAGCGGCGGCGGAUACGGAGGGCGAGGCUCCUACGGCGACAUCGGGGGGCCGGUCAUCACCACGCAGGUCACCAUCCCCAAAGACCUGGCCGGCUCCAUCAUCGGGAAGGGGGGCCAGAGGAUCAAGCAGAUCCGCCACGAGUCCGGGGCGUCCAUCAAGAUCGACGAGCCGCUGGAGGGCUCCGAGGACCGCAUCAUCACCAUCACCGGGACCCAGGACCAGAUCCAGAACGCCCAGUACCUGCUGCAGAACAGCGUCAGGCAGUACUCCGGCCGCUUCUUCUGAGAGGAUGAAGACAGAGCUGCCGCCGUGCCGCUGAGCCCGGCUCCCUCCGCCGUGGGCAGUGGCGGUCCGUCCCUCGCCGACACCCUGGCGGUUGUUUUUCAGGAGGUUCCAGACAGACGGCCCGCCGGCUGUCCACCGCUGUAGUUCCUGAUGAGGAGACCCCUGUUCAUCCACUGUAUAAACCCGUCCGUGUUGCCGCCACCGCUUCAUUUCCCUGCAGCAUGCAGAAUGUAUUCUCACAUGAUUUGGCUUUCCUUUAGUAUUUCUCUCUUGAUCAGCAAGCUCCCGCCUCACGUCCAGCCUGGUCUCCCAGGGCUUCAGAGCCAUCUCACCCAACUCCGACACAAACUAAGUGCUUCUUUUGAAUGACUGGCUACGUCCUGCAAACAUCUUCAUUUGCCUUUUGUGCUCAGAGAAUCCCCAGCUCAUGGACUCUUUCAGAGGCUGUUUUUAUCCUGAGUGAGCUGGAACGUUAAAAUGAUUCAAAAAGUUGGUCUUAAUUCUGCAAAACUGCAUCAGAUUCUUCUGAUCACAAAAUAUCAAUGGAAAUAAACUUAAAAUCUAAAGCCUGCCACAUCUGUUUGAUUCCAUUUAGCCUGAACAGUGUUAGGCUUGAAACUGUUAGCUACCUGGCUUCAGUUUGAAUCAGCUAGUUAGCUGACUAACUUCUUGAGAUCUGUCAGUUAGCUAGCUAGCGGAUUUAAAAAGUCAGUUAGCUAGCGAGCAGAUUUGACAAGAAGUCGGUUAGCUAACUGGCAGCGUCAAAUUACAGCUACCAAAUCACUGGAGACUUGUGACGUAGCUGAAGAAACUGGCCCACACACUGGCUGCGUUCAUUAGUAGGAGCUGGAUGCGGUUGUGGAUCCGUCCAGUCUGAAGCUUGUGCGAGCCAGACCACGACCGGCAGCCUAAAACUCCAGGCCACCCUUCAGAGCGUGGUGGCGAAGUGUUGGCGUUGCGGUGGAGCCAGCCGUUGGGUGUAGAGGCUGUCCGUCGAGCCGCUGCCGUCCAGCAAACACACUUUUUGCCUUUGAUUGACGAGGACUUGUAUAACCCGUGUGUACAUAUAUAUUGUAUAUUUACAUGGAAGAAAAAAAGCUCCUCAGUGGUUCGAUUGACUUCUUGAUACUUUGUUGUAAGAGAACCAAAUCAUUUGUGUCAUGCUUCACGACUUGAACAUGUGACCUCCUGGAUCCACUGCUGUUUUCUAAUCUGAAGGUUUUGGAAGUGAUCUCGUGACUUUUUCUGUCUCUUGGUGUCAGACGAUGUAAACCUGCAGGUGUUCAGUAAAUAAAGUCUGUGUCCCCUUUGGAAACA